AUGGCCGAGAUCUGCCCUGAUAUCCCCCUGGUGGCCUCGGUCGCCGGUGCCCUGUACAAGGAGCACAACUUGGAUUUCAUUUAUGCCUUUGACCGCAAGGAGGCCAAGGCCCACGGCGAGGGCGGCACCAUUGUCGGCCCGGAGCUUGCCGGCAAGAAGGUCUUCCUGGUGGAUGAUGUGAUCACCUCUGGCAAGGCCAUCCGCCAUACCAUCGAUCUGCUGAAUGUCCAGCGUGUGGAUCAGAUCACCGGUGUCAUGGUGGCCCUGGACCGCGCGGAGAAGGCCCUCGUGACCGCCGACAACGACAAGCCCGAGUCGGCCAUCCAGUCCCUGGAGCGCGAAUACCCCCACAUGCAUGUCCUCAGCAUCGUCACCCUGAAUGACCUGAUCCUCUUCGUGCAGGAGCAGCUCCAGGAGGUGUGCGAGUCGGACUCGGCCCAGAAGGACCUCUGGGCCGGGCGUCUGGCCUCCAUCGUGGAGUACCGUCGCCAAUACGGUGUCUGA